ACCCCCUUUCACUGGAAGAAGCAUUCGAGCUUUUCUGCCAAGGCGUCGCGGAUUAUGGACCCUUCUGGGACCAUGUACUAGGGUUUUGGAAAGCAACAAUUGGAGUUUCCUGAGAAAGUAUUAUUCUUGAAGUAUGAGACUAUGAAGCAGGAGCCGGUUCUUUAUGUGAAGAGAUUGGCUGAGUUCGUCGGUCAGCCUUUUUCAGCGGAGGAAGAGAGCGAAGGGGUGGUGGAUCAAAUCAUAAAGCUUUGCAGUUUUGAGCAUUUGAGCAGUUUGGAGAUUAAAAAAACCGCCCAGCUCCAAGAGCCAAAUGCUAGUAGCCUCAAGUUCGUUGUUAAUAACCGUGACUUCUUCAGGAAAGGCCAGAUUGGGGAUUGGAAGCAUCAUUUCACAGAUGAGAUGGCAAAGCGUGUGGAUCAUAUCACAGGGGAGAAAAUAAAAGGUUCUGGGUUGACAUUUGGUUGAAUUCAAUGCAUAUGAAGUC